CUCUGUUUCCCAAUUUCUCUCUCAUAGACGCUGCAGCUGCAGCAGAGCAGUGAGGGCCAAAAGUAGAACACGGAUCGUUGGCUUAUUUAUAAAAUUCACCCUUUAAUUUCUUAACUUUCAUUGGGGUUACAAAAUGCUUUUAAGAAGCGCAUCAACGCCGGUACUUAACUCAUGGGUUCCACACUCGAAGGAGCCAUCGCCGGAGCCCGAGUUUUCCCGCCAGAUUUCCCGACCCCGAUCCGUUUCCUUCACAGUUUCGUGUUCGAGCUCGAUUUCCGUGGGGUCGAGCGACGAUUCGAGUCGGAGGAUGAACAGAGCAUUGUCGGAGACAGAUCUGAGGGACAUGGUGGUUCCCAAAAUGAAAACUGUGAAGAACAAUAACGGGAUCUUGAAUGGGAUCAGUGUUGAGGAAGAAGAGGAGGUGGAGAAAGAAGAAGCUGGAUUUGAGUGGUGGAGAACGGCGUCGUUUGGAGUGGAGGAAGGGUGUGGGAUCGGCGGUGGCGGAGGGAAUUUCUGCGGAGGAGGCGGAGGCGGUGGUGGUGGAGGAUCCGAUGGUGGAAAUAACGAAUGGGGUUAUUCGGAUUCGAACAACGGAAAUGGUAGUACCGAUUUGUAUUAUCAGAAAAUGAUCGAGGCUAAUCCUGGAAAUUCACUUCUCCUCAGCAAUUACGCUAGAUUCUUAAAAGAGGUUCGUGGGGAUUUCGUGAAAGCCGAGGAAUAUUGCGGGAGGGCAAUCUUGGCUAAUCCCAAUGACGGGAAUGUUCUGUCUAUGUACGCUGAUUUAAUCUGGCAAACUCACAAAGAUUGCUCGAGAGCUGAAACUUACUUCGAUCGAGCUGUUAAAGCUUCCCCUCAUGACUGUUUUGUGCUGGCAUCAUAUGCAAGAUUUCUUUGGGAUGCUGAAGAAGAAGAGGAGGAGGAGGAAGAAGCGGGGGCAAGUUUGAGUAAAGGAUCAGUGCAAAGCUCUUUUCAUGGAGCUACUGCAACGCCUCCCCCUUUCGCUGCUGCUUCUUAAGACUCUUGUGACAUAUCUUGUAUUUAGCUUUUCUGACAUUUGUUAAUAUAUCUUUUCAAGUUUUGUUUUUCCUUUUAAGCUUUUUUUAAUUAGAUAUUUUUUUGGCCUUUUAGAAGAGAGUGAGAGUUGUAGUUAUUGAGAGCUCUGUUUUGCUUUCUCAUUCUUAGAGCCGUAUAAUGUAAAGGGGAAAAUAAGAUAUGGAAAUGAUUUUUCAUUGGAAUC